AUGCGUCUUCUGCUGGCGAUCGUUGGCUGCCUGUUCUGCGCGCUUUUCGGCCAGACCAGUGGUACCCCUGAGUGCAGGCCACCACUUGUAAUACUGCCUAAACCAGAUAUUAAUUCCAGACGAGCUCGUCCAGUCAUUAGACCUCUUCCCAGGCCACCGCCACCGAAGGUUGUACGACCUCCUGUAAAGCCUCCUAUCAAAAGACCACCCAUUGUGCCCCCUAGGAUUACAAGAAGACCAAUAACACCUCCUAGGAUCACCAGAAGACCUCCAAUUCCACCUCCUAGGAUCACCAGAAGACCUCCAAUACAACCUCCUAGGAUCACCAGAAGACCACCAAUUCCACCAGUCACCAGGAAGCCUACAAGGCCACCAGUCACCCAAAGAGCCACCGCCAAAGCAACAACUCGCAAGUUUUUGAUUUGGUCAAAGAGUCCCACAAGGCGCGUACCCACAAGACCAAAUAUAAGACCAACUUUAUGGACUAGACCGAAUAUAAGACCCACAAGACCCCCAGUGCGUCCUCCCUCGCCCACAGUUCGACCCACUGUACCCAGGGUCCGCCCUACUUUAUGGACGAGACCUCCUGUUAGAGUUACAGUAAGACCCACCAAUAGAGCUCCUGUGACAAGACCUCCUGUAAGACCAACCAAUCGGGCCACACUUUGGACCAGAAAUCCCAUGGGAACCACUCGACCACCUAGACCCACAAUGAAGCCUUCGAGACCGACUCUUUGGACAAGAUCACCCACUCGAAGUACACAACAAACAACUAGACAUUUGACCUUUAUCUUUGAGGGCUCUUCAGCUGCUCCAGUAACCCCUAUGGAUGUCACUGAAGAUCCCCAAAUAACGCGAACGACAAAGAGUCUAAUUUUUAUAUUUCCAAGGGACACCACGGCCAUGGCAAGAGGUCCGAAUUGGAGAGUCCAUCCCACAGGUCGUCCGCGAAGGGUUACUAUGGUAUCCUAA